AUGUUAAGGUUGGUGACUAGAGGCUUGCCGAAACUUACACAUGCUGCAGCUAAGACUGUGCUGGUGCGUGGUCCCUUGCUGCACUCAUUCUCCACCAGCACUAGAUUCAAUAAUAGUGUCGCUGAAGAUGAGGCCAAGAUCGUUUUGAAAGACAAGAACAGGCCUUUGAGAAUUGACAGAGAACUACCUGACCCAACCACUGAGAGAAGAAAGCGAAUACUUGGAUUCGUGGUGUUUUCUGUGGCCAUUGGGUCUGCACUAUCUCUGAUCUUCAACUAUGAAAAGACGGAGUCCCCCAUCAUCUCCAACACGCUGUACCAUCUAAGACGGUCUCCGGCGACUAGAGACAUACUGGGUGAAAGUAUAGAAUUUGAUGGUAUCAUCCCCUGGGUCUACGGUGAACUGAACUCUGUCAAAGGUAGAAUUAACAUCACCUUUUAUAUCAAGGGGGACAAAAACGUUACUGGGACCGUUAGGCUAGUUGCCGAUAGAAACACUCAUGACGAAGAGUUUCUGAUUCAUGAAUGGAGCGUUACCGCUGCUGGCAAGAAGAUCGAUUUACUCUCUGAGAAUUCCAAGAGGCCAAUUUAA